UGCUCCCUUGUUCACUUUAGAAUUCCCCAGGUUCUCCCCUUUGAAAGCAGUGUGCGCUCAGUCUAUGUUACUGGAUAUAUUUUUUAAAAAAAUCUGGUGAAUGCUGAAUCGUGCCUUAUUUUUUUCCCCCUUCUGUUUUGUUUCAUAGCCAAAAGAGGAGUUACUGAAAGCCAUGUCUCCACCCCUUUUUCGCUUUCUCUUCUCUCCUUUAAAAGAAGGAACAACUGAAAUGCUAGCACCUUAUUUUCUUGCAGAGACCCAAACUAGCUCUCUCCCUGGUGCUGUCUCUCCUCCCACUGGAGCAUACCUUUUUCUUCCUUGCUGGAGCAGAGUGCAAGAGAGCAGCAGCAGCAGCAAUACCAGUCUGGAGACUUAGGACGAUUUACACACUCACGCGCGCGCGCACGCGCGCGCACACUCACACACACACAAAAGCAGGCUGCUCUACCGGAGCCACUUGCUCACCUGUCUGCAAACAUAACUCAUGCUUCAAACUCUCACUCAACCAAAGCUCUUUGGAAAAAAGCCUCAAACAGAAAUUUAACCUAAUGAAGAUAUUCAAACCAAAGGCGUGGCGAGAGCAAUGCAUUAAGAAGUUACACAAGGAAGAAUGAGGAGCAUGAAGACCUCAACUCUUCCCCUACAGUUUUCAAUGUUUUGAAGCUUAAGAUUUUGAAGGAAUACUGCAAAUAAUUGUUUUUGUCAGCAGACACUUUUGUCCUUUAAAGGAACAAGCCCUGCUUUUAUGCAGAUUGCCAAACCCAGGGAAAUGUUGAGAGACUUCUUAUAGCAAAGUGCUUGGAGGGGAUGGAAGGAGAUGCCUCUUUUGGACAGGGAUAUUUUCCUGCUUUUUCUUCUUUUACAGUCACCUAUGCUUUCUCUCUAAGAAGACAGGCAGAAAAAUAACCAACCAUCAUUUUCCCCUAAGGACCUUUAAAAAAAUAUUUUAUCUAAGAGUGUAUAUUAUUUUCCAGACAAGAAAAGUUUGUAGGAAAGAAAUGAGAGAGCACAGAACUCCCUGUGCAUGACAUACAGCAUAGACUGUUGGCAGACUCUCUCACCUCUGUGCCUGAAGUGUGGGAACCUUACUUUUUUAAAAAAAAGACGACGACGACGACGACGACUCUUCAAUGUGUCUGGAACUUCUGGGGAUUGGAGUCGGCAUGAAUUUCGGAGUGCUCGUCGUGUGUCUCUGGCACCUACCACUCAUCAGCAGUGAGGGAGACCCCAUCCCGGAAGAGAUCUAUGAAAUGCUGAGUGACAGUUCAGUGCGUUCCAUCAGAGAUCUCCAGCAGGUCCUGCGGAUAGACUCCGUAGAAGAAGUUAGCUCCAGUUCAUACCUGAACUCCACCAGAACAGAUCCCGCUCAAAAUUCUGUUCCUUUUUUCCGAGGGAGACGAAGUCUUGGUGGAGAAGAACCUGUAGAGGCAGCAGUACUUGCUGAAUGCAAGACACGGACCGAAGUCUUUGAAAUCUCCCGGAGCAUGGUGGAUCCCACCAACGCCAACUUUGUCGUGUGGCCCCCAUGUGUAGAAGUGCAGCGGUGCACAGGCUGCUGCAACACCCGAAGCAGGCAAUGUCGCCCCACGCGGGUUCGUGUGCGACAUAUCCAGGUAAACAAGAUAGAAAUUGUUCGUAUGAAACCAGUCGUACAUAAAGUCAUUGUGCCCUUGGAGGACCAUCUGGAGUGUCGAUGCGAGACAGUAUCACCCCUGCCUCUCAGUCGGGCAAAAUCACGUGAGCACAGAGGUGGGCCUCGACUGAGCACUGUGGCUUCUCUUCCAGCCAGGGCACGAGUGCACCGGUUGCUGCCACGAAAGAGGAAGCAUCGGAAGUUCAAGCAUGUGAAUGAUAAGAAGGCGCUGAAAGAAAUCUUCCCAGCAUAAUAGAAGUGCUGGCAGGCAAGAGUGCAGAUGUCAGGUUUAUUAUUUAAUACGUUUGCUGUAUUGCCCCCGUGGGGUUCUCAGAGUUUCUCUCCGUCCAUCUGCCUCAAUGCUAUUUUGGACGGCAAAUGGUGCUUCCUGAUCCUUUGCCCGCUGGACAUUCUCCCACCAAAGUUUACUAUUUGAGUUCUCAUUUCUUAAUUGCAUUUCAGCAUACUCCCAAAGGAAGAAGACUGUGGUGGGAAAUAAAUGGCAAAAGAUGCAGGAAUUUGGACGGACGAUAUGCUUUGUGCCACAGCAAGUGCAGUGGGAAUGUGGCAAAGACUUGUGGUCCCAAUCGCCUUGUGAAAGGCAGCAGGGGAAAUGAGAGGAUGAGAAAUGUCUUUACCUCCUUUCCUUCUUGCUCCCAUCCAGGAGUUAGCUGAGCUCAGGCUGUUUACAAUGGCAAUGAGCACAAGCCAAGGCAGUCUGAGUGACAACCAACGACAGUAAAUGCACUAAAGACUUCUUUUGUUUUGUCUGAAUAGAUAUUUUUCAUGUGUGUAUGUAUAUUUUAUUUUUAAAACCACUAAACAUGCCAUGCCUCGGAGGACAGAACCAGUGACAGCUAAGAAUAUGUACCCAGGACUUCCUGUUGUCAUAUGGAUGGGGUGCUUGGAACAACAAACAGGAGGGAAGCUGCGGAACCACUGCUGCCACCCAUCCAGUGACCCCCUUAGGUCAAAGAGGCCUUCUUUGCACAUGAUUAUAAGGAGGGCUUGGCUUACACUGUUUCCAGUCUCCUGUUUCAGUUGGAAUUUGCAGUUGUUUGGGGGUUUUUUGUAUGGAUCAUUGUGAGGUUUUGUUAAUGGGUUUGCAUUCAGUACAGUGAAGAUUGCAACCACUCAAUAAAGUGGGGCUCCUAGCCUGUCUGGUCUGCUACCCUUGUGGUUGCUGCUUUCAUGGCUGCCAGAAUAAGGCCUUGCUUUUUAGUAGAAGGGGCUAGAACUGUAUUACAACAUACUCUUUGACAAUGGGCAAUCAAGGCAACUUUUGUAUGGGGUCUCAAAUAUCAUUGUAGACAAAGACCAUGGCAUGGGACCAUGGAAAGAUAAAGCACACAUAGGCAACUUGUAGCCCUACAGGUGUUUUGGUCUAGAACCUGGAUCAUACAUUACUGCACUGGCUAUGGCUGAUGGGGGCAGUAGGUCAAAGCAUCUGGAGGGCCAGAAGUUGCCCCCCCCACCUUGAGAAACAGCAGUGCUGCCUUUCCCAACCUGGCUUCCUCCAGGUGUUUUGGACUGCAGUUCUCAUUAUUCCUGACCAUUGGUCACAGUGGUCAGAGCUGAUAGGAGUUGCAGUUUAAAGCAGCUGGGGGGCAACAGGUUGAAGGCUGCAGUAGUGGCUUGAAUGGACUGUUCGUAUAAUGGCUUGGUUAUAUUCCUUGUAGUAUCAGUCCACCCCAUACUGUAAGUGUCCCUUGUGCAUGACCUUUACUGAUGGCCACCUUACUAGCAACUUUCCUCUGGCACAGCAAUUAAGGGGCAGAUGUUACAGAUGCUAACCCAUGUUAAUAGCUUCAGGUUAAUUUUCUGAUGAGGACAAAGUGCAAAGCUUCCUAGGAGCCAUGAGAUUCUGCCUGUGAUGCCUGUGAUGCAUCACAUACGGUAUAUUUAUUCUGCAAUUCCAAGUGAUACUGAAGAUGCCAAGCACCUUACGCAGCAUUUUGACAGCUGCGCAACCAAAGUUCAUAGGCAAGGAUCCAGUUGGUAGUACCCAAUAGAUGUGUUGGAGGCAAAGAAGGCAACAAAAUGAACUGGCCCUCAUUAACCACUUGUGCUUUUUAAAUCUUCUGCAUUUUCUCCAUUCUCCUUUUCUCUCCAACCCCACUUUUCAAGGUUCACAUGCCUUUCCAGAUCUCCCACGAAUGAAACUGGCAGUAUCUUUUGUGUGACUGAAUAAAGCUAAACAGUGAGCUUACAUUCAGGAAUGAUUUAAAAAAAAGGAAAAGGAAAGACAUUCACUUUACCUGAGAUAGAAAAGGGGUUAGUCACUUCUAUAUAUUGGAAAGGUUGGUGGGAAAAGCAGAGAAGGAUGAAGUAAAUGACGCUUUUUAGCUUUUACUUUCCAUCUACCUCUUCAGCAACUUUUAUUCACUGUAUUUGUCUUGGGGAAGGAGCAAAACAGAUAUCAAACCCAUACAGGAUAAACUGAUGCAUCUCUGCGUGAGCAGAUGCAGGAUGGAGGCCAGCAGCCACACAUUUCAUUUGUUAGAAGUGGAUUGUACUGCACAAUCCUAUCCAAAGAGAUGAACCUGUGCAAAAUUUUGGUAGGUAGUAGGGAGGAAAGAAGAAAAGGAAUGUGCCCUUUUGCCACAUUUACAAAGAAAGAGCAUGGUAAAUGCAACUUUAGGUUAAAAUUCCGCAAUGUCCAGGUCAAAUUUAAAAAAUGCUAUAAAAAUGUCUGCAGCUAUUUUGCUGCCCCAGGUGGAAAUGUUUGUGUUCCAUUUGAUCGCAUGGAGUAAAAUCAUAUUUGUACUCCAUUCUAGAGAGUGAAGGGAAACAGAAAAUAUGUAAGACAAUUGUCUCCAUCCCUCAGAUCCCUUGGUCUGAAAGAGAUAGGAGAUUAUCGUCCCCAUUCCCACUUGAGCUGCAUUUGUUUGGUGCUCUUGGAAUUUUGCUCCUUGUAAUAGAUGUUUCAGCCUUCCCCAGCCUGGUGUCCACCAGAGUAGUUGACAACUGAUCCAACUGAACGGGAGGGUGCUGGGUUAGAGAGGGUUGGUCUGUUGAACUGGGUUGGUCCAGGUUUUCCUCUGCAUGAGGAAGUCCAAAGAAGACUGUGCCUCGUGGCCCUUCGCCAAUUGCUUGCUUUUAACAGUGUGGUCGAACUUUAUUGGCAAAACAAUAACACUUAUAUCAAAAGUUGUGGUCUCCCAAUAUAGUUCCAUGGAGUAGGCCAGUAGCAGGAGAAGAAAUAUCUGUGAGAAAUACUUUGGAGGCAUGGGUCUCCCACAUCUUCUUUUCUGUCACUAAAACAAUGGUUUGCUAUCCAGUCCUAUUCCUCUUUGUCUUAAAAGACCAUUUGUUUUGCUGCAUUUUUUUUUUUUCAUUUGUAAGGAGAGUUAAGCCUUUCUCUCAUCUUUGUGUUGGGCCCAUGCAUUCUAUGUAAAGUUAAUUUAUACUCAGUACUGUAUUUAAAGUUGUUUAAAAAACUAAGAUCAAAACAAUAUGGUGUUGUGUUUCAUUUGUGCUUAGGGCCUAAAAAGCAAGGUGAAGGGAAUUUUUAAAAUAAAACUUUGAAGGCAAAAUCUGCA